AUGAUUUGGAUCACUACAGGGUCAUCUGGAUCACUACAGGGUCAUCUGGAUCACUACAGGGUCAUCUGGAUCACUGCAGGGUCAUCUGGAUCACUACAGGGUCAUCUGGAUCACUACAGGGUCAUCUGGAUCACUACAGGGUCAUCUGCAUCACUACAGGGUCAUCUGGAUCACUACGGGGUCAUCUGGAUCACUACAGGGUCAUCUGGAUCACUACAGGGUCAUCUGGAUCACUACAGGGUCAUCUGGAUCACUACAGGGUCAUCUGGAUCACUACAGGGUCAUCUGGAUCACUACACAUCUGGAUCACACAGGUCAUCUGGAUCACUACAGGGUCAUCUGGAUCACUACAGGGAUCUGAUCACCACAGGGGUCAUCUGGAUCACUACAGGGUCAUUGGAUCACUACAGGGUCAUCUGGAUCACUACAGGGUCAUCUGGAUCACUACAGGUCAUCUGGAUCACUACAGGGUCAUCUGGAUCACUACAGGUCCUACAGGUCAUAUUUCUGCUACAGGUCAUCUGGAUCACUACAGGGUCAUCUGGAUCACUACAGGGUCAUCUGGAUCACUGGCAUCUGAUCACUGGAUCUACAGGUCAUCUGAUCACACAGGGUCAUCUGGAUCACUACAGGGUCAUCUGGAUCACCACAGGUCAUCUGGAUCACUACAGGUCAUCUGGAUCACUACAGGGUCAUCUGGAUCACUACAGGGUCAUCUGGAUCACCACAGGUCAUCUGGAUCACCACAGGGUCAUCUGGAUCACUACAGGGUCAUCUGGAUCACUACAGGGUCAUCUGGAUCACUACAGGUUAUCUGGAUCACUACAGGCAUCGGAUCCUACAGGUCAUCUGGAUCACUACAGGUCGGUCAUCUGCAUCACUACAGGGUCAUCUGCAUCACUACAGGGUCAUCUGGAUCACUACAGGGUCAUCUGGAUCACUACAGGUCAUCUGGAUCACUACAGGGUCAUCUGGAUCACUACAGGUCAUCUGCAUCACAGGUCACUAUACAGGGUCAUCUGGAUCACUACAGGGUCAUCUGGAUCACUACAGGGUCAUCUGGAUCACUACACCACCAGGGUCAUCUGGAUCACUACAGGUCAUCUGGAUCACCACAGGGUCACUGAUCACACAGGGUCAUCUGACAUCACUACAGGGUCAUCUGGAUCACUACAGGUCAUCUGGAUCAUACAGGAUAUUGACACUACAGGGUCAUCUGGAUCACUACAGGGUCAUCUGGAUCACCACAGGUCAUCUGGAUCACUCACAGGGUCAUCUGGAUCACUACAGGGUCAUCUGAUCACUACAGGGUCAUCUGGAUCACUACAGGGUCAUCUUCAUCUGGAUCACUACAGGUCAUCUGGAUACUACCGGUCAUCGAUCACUACGGGUCAUCUACAAGGUCAUCUGAUCACUACAGGGUCAUCUGCAUCACUACAGGGUCAUCUGGAUCACUACAGGUCAUCUGGAUCACUACAGGGUCAUCUGGAUCACUACAGGGUCAUCUGGAUCACUACAGGGUCAUCUGGAUCACUACAGGUCUCACACGGUCAUCUGAUCCAGGGUCAUCUGGAUCACAGAUCAUCUGGAUCACUACAGGGUCAUCUGGAUCACUACAGGGUCAUCUGCAUCACCACAGGUCAUCUGGAUCGGCGCAUCGACACUACAGGUCAUCGACUACAGGGUCAUCUGCAUCACUACAGGGUCAUCUGGAUCACUACAGGGUCAUCUGGAUCACUACAGGGUCAUCUGGAUCACUACAGGGUCAUCUGA